AUGCCGACAUAUGCAAUGAUGGUUUCCUUAUUACCCCUUGGGCUAUGCCGUGAAUUUCAGAAUAUAAUGAACCAGUAUUGGUGGAUCGGUAGAGUUGGGGAUGGCCGUGGAAUUAAAUGGCGCUCGUGGGAAGGUUUGUGUAAACCAAAAGCUGUUGGUGGGUUGGGUUUUUAUCGCUUACAUGAGAUGAAUAAAGCCCUUCUCGGGAAACAAGCCUGGAGGCUGAUAACUAGACCUGCUAGCCUGGUUGCACGAGUGUACAAGUCUCGGUAUUACCCUAAUUGUGGUUUUUUCGAUGUAAGAGUAGGGAGUAAUCCGUCCUAUAUCUGGAGGGGUAUGAUGGAGGUGAAGAGUUGUCUGAAUGAGGGUAGCAGACGGGUGAUAGGCGAUGGAAGGGAGACUUUGAUAGAUCCGGAUCCUUGGCUACCUAUUGAUGAGAACCCCUAUGUGGAGUCUGAGUUGCAUCAGUCGGUAUAUGAUGCCCCGGUGUCCUCUCUCAUGAACAUGCAAGGUAAUGGUUGGGAUGUGGGUUACGUGAGGGAUAUUUUUGGUGCUCGCGAUGCUAACUUGAUUUUAAAUAUUUCUCUCAAUAUUAGGAAGCCCCGAGAUUAG